UUUAAAUCUGAGAAAUGUCCUCAAAUCCAAGAAGCAUCCUUAAAUUCUUGAAACAUGUACGGGGCUGCUGUGACUGGCCCCUGGCCCCCUGUCAUUUUAUAAAAGUGGCCCCCAGGCCAGGCAAAGCCAGUUGAAUAUCUGCAUUAAAAUCUCUAAAAUCGGAUUACUUCUCGAUAAUAAUUUGUCUCCGGGACUCUUAACAUUAUUUUUUAGCGUCCACAAACAUCUAUUCUAACAUUUUUCCCCUCCAGCAGAACUUCAUUAGUCCUGUAAUGAAGUUUUUUUUUCCUCCUCCAAAUUAUCCCAUUACGUCUGACACAAACAACCCGAGGUGGCCCCUCCGAUUGGCUGUCCGCGGGGUCACGUGGCCCGCGCGGCCGUCCGUCUAUUUGACAGCCGCAGGAUGGCUUGAUGCCAGAGGGGGAGAAAGAGACAGAGAGAGGGGAGAGAAAGAAAAAUUAGUAUUCUCCUACCAGCCUCGCUAUAAAUCAAUCAUGGAGUCCUACGUGCUGAGCUGUAAAUAUGCUGAGCCGCAGUUCCCGCCUUGUGAAGAAGAUUACAGUAAUUUUAGUGACCAAGGGGGGUAUUACAACAACCCCCAGGACAGUGGCACUUAUGGAGGGGGCUAUCAGCCCGUGCAGCCCCCUCCGCCUCCAUACGCACCACAACAAACCGGCUAUCACUCGCUGCAGGGCCACCAGCACCGGGAGGAUGCAGAGGAGCAGCCGUACCCCGGAUACAGAGACGCGAGCACCGGGAAGGAGGCGAGGUUCCCCGCGGGUGACCUCCAGUGCCAGGCCUGGAUGACCUGCGCGAAGCCCGCUCAGGUGCAGAGGAAAGCGGCCUGCACGGGGAAGGACAAGCCGCCCAUUGUUGUCUACCCGUGGAUGAAGAAAGUGCACGUCGCGCACGGUGAGAUAACACGCGCAGUUUUAUCUCUGCAUCAUUUCACUUUAUCUGAUGCGAAUGUUUAUGUUUUUCUUUCCUUCUUUCUUUCUUUCUUUCUUUCUUUCUUUCUUUCUUUCUUUCUUUCUUUCUUUCUUUCUUGUGUUUUGUCCAUUUGUGACCUAUUGUGAGUUAUUUAUGAUCUCAGUGAGAGUCAGGGAGAAUUACAACCGCUAUAAAGUUUUAUGGCCCUGCCACAGCGCGCGUGUGUAUGUGUGUGUGCGAGAAAGUGUGUACGUGUGUGCGUGCGUGCACAAAUUGUGUGUGUGGUGUGCAAAGCUGCAGCUUAACAAAAAGCUGUGAGUUAAAAGUACAGAAAAAUCGUCUCUUGGAGUUCUUCCCGGCUCAACCACAAAUUAAGAUUAACACUUAAAUAACAUUACACAUGAUAAUAA